AUGAAUAUAUUACAACUUAAUGUUCUCGAAGCAAGAGAUUUAUGUGCAUCUGAUAGUAAUGGUUUCUCAGAUCCCUAUGUUAGUUUAGCUUUAGGUCCUCAAAAGAAAAAGACAAAGGUUCAGAAAAAGACUUUAAAUCCUAAAUGGGCUGAAACCUUUUUAAUGAGAAUAUCACCAAUGGAUACAAGAUUACAUAUAAUUGUAUUGGAUUGGGAUGCAUUGUCAUCGGAUGAUUUUUUGGGGGAGGUGUUUUUGGAUUUAUCGACAUUGGACGAUCAACCAACAUGGCAUACUCUUCAACCAAGAGCAUCGCAUCCAGAUGAUUUUGUAAAGGGUGAGAUUUGUAUCAAAGCACGUAUCGUCACAUCGUCAAAUGCACAACGUGACCGUUUGCCUUCGAAUCUAUUGACCGAGGUCAACAACCGUGUUUCACAGUACGAUGAAAACGGUGAUCUUUUAGAUCUCACUGGUAUCGGUCUAGAGACCAUUCCAGAGUUUCUCUCUGAACACGUGCCAAAGCUAGAAAACUUGGAUUUGGGAUUCAAUCAAAUCAAAAUGUUCCCCUCUGUCAAAACAUUUGCUUUUCUUCAACAACUUGCUCUCUCUGGUAAUUCAAUCAUGAAUAUUCCAGGUGAUCUAUUAGAUCUUCCUCAACUUAAAGUUUUAUCUUUAAAUGGAAAUCAAUUAAUUUCUUUACCUCCAGAAAUUAAUAAAUUGGUAGCAUUGGAGAAAUUGGAAAUUGCAAACAACAAGAUUGCAACAUUAUGUAAAGAGGUUGGUGAACUUGCAAGAUUAGAGGAAUUGAUUUUGUCUGGUAAUCCACUAUUGACAUUCCCCUCUUCAUUUAGUGGUUUACAAAACCUUGAAGUUUUGGAUGCCAAUGGUUGUCAAUUGAUUAAAUUACCCGAUGAAUUUACUCAACUUACAAGAUUAUUGGAAUUAAAUCUUGGUAACAAUAAGUUGAUUGAAUUACCAGAACAAAUUGGUAGAAUGACAAGAUUGGUUGUAUUAAAUAUUAUGGAUAACAAAUUAACAGACUUACCAUUAUCGAUUGGUUAUUGUCAUGCACUUGGUAAAUUGGGUGCAGGUAUCAAUAUCGAGGGUAACCCCAUUUCAUCGGAUGAAAUCAAACAAAAAUAUAAGAUUGGUAACGAUCAUUUGAUGGACUAUUUGGAAAAGAGAAUGGCCAUCAAGGGAUACGAAUUACCAGAUAAUAGAAAUAUCCCCAAAUCUGUAUAUAAAGCUGCUCCAUCUACCAACUCUCUUCAACAAUUAAUUCAACAACAACAACAACAACAACAACCAACUCAACUUCCAGGUCCAUCUCCAUCUUUACCAAAUCAACCACCACAACAACAACAACCACAACAACCAUCAACCUUUCAACCAAAACCAUCGGUUGGUUUAAGCAAUCCAAACAACAAGGCACCUCCAAUGCCAGUACCCCAAGACGUCUUGACAAAGACCAUUGCAUUAAAGAAUUGGGCUAUUGGUACCAUUAGAGGUGACCUCAGACCAAAAAUCAACAAAAUCAAAUCUCAAGUACUAAGAUGUGUUAAUAUUCAAGAAGGUAUUUCUGUUGCAAAUCUAAUUAAACAAAUUAAACUUGAAAGUGAAGCUAUAAAGUCAUUGAUCCCAAGUAAUUAUCCAAUGCCAGAUAUACCAUAUUCAGGGUCAUCAGGUAAAAUUCAUUCUGGCAAUGAUAAAUUGGAGCAACUAAAGGAUUUGAUUUCAUCGUCGAUCGAUGAUAUCGACAAUGUUUUGGAUAUUUGUUACCAAUUGAUUCCAAAUUCUACAGACCCUCCACUUGUUAUCGGUGUUGUUCAAUCACUUAAAAAGAUUAAAGAAUUAUUGCCAUAA